UCUGUGGCCGAUUUUUCCAUUGACUUCCGUGUGCUCGCAGCAGCAAGCGGAUAUCCCGAUACCGUGCUCCGUGGUAUCUUCCGGAGGGCUCUUAGUGCCCGCAUUAAGGAUGAGCUAAUAGCCAAGGAUAAUACUACAUCGCUUGAUGACUUGAUAAACUUAGCGAUUUGUUUAGACAACCGAGUAAAGGAGAGAAUCAGGGACUAUGCAGAGGAGGGAUACCAGGUUCAUACACCGAUACCACAUUCGCCCACGGAGCAGAGGAGUACUCAUCCCAUCAAGGUUGAUGGUGAUACGGAGGUUCCAAUGCAGCUGGGAGGACGACGACUAGCCGCCGAGGAGAGAGCCCGUCGCCUGAACCUGUGCCUGUAUUGCGGUAACCCUGGUCAUCGGCUUCUUCAAUGCCCCAUCCGUCCAGUUCGUCGCCAAGGGUCGACUCCAGGAGCACCAUCGGCACAACUAUCGCUAUCCAGUAUCGAUCCUCCCGUCACCAGCAGCCAGUCCUCAGCUGGUAUUUGUGGGUGUUUGUGAUGAAGAAGGGCUACCAGGAGAGAGAGGAGGCCAUCCAGUCAUCCGUCAUCACUAAGCUGAAAGGUGUCACACUGACCAACAGCUCCGAGAGUGGGCUUCACCUGUGGAGUGCAGAGGACUACGUCAUUCCGCCAAAUGGCGAGCAGGUUUUUUUUGUGGUAACAAAUUACAUUGAGACCCCCAAUCAGAGGCUGGGCUACUGUGCUGAGAGUGUCAAGGUGCCAAAUGGGCGAUGUCUUAGUGAUGAUGACUGCAUCGAGGGGGAGACUGUUAUAGCUGGCCAUGGAAUUAAAACUGGCUUGUGCACAAACAGCACUGGGACUUGUGAGAUUCACGCCUGGUGUCCUGUAGAAUACGGCAAGAGACCCAUAGAGCCUUUACUUAGUGAAGCUGAAAACUUCACCAUUUACAUCAAGAAUUUCAUCAGGUUCCCAAAGUUUGAAUUUUCCAAGUCCAACGUUCUUGAUACCUCUGAUGACAGUUACUUGAAGAGAUGCUCCUACGAUCCCGUCACUCAUCCUUACUGUCCCAUUUUCCGCCUCGGAGAUCUGGUCAGAUGGAGCGGACACGACUUCCAGGACAUGGCUGCCAAGGGUGGCUCUGUUGGUAUUCUUAUUGAGUGGUACUGCGAUUUGGAUAAGGACUCCUCUCAGUGUAACCCGAAGUACAGCUUCACUCGAUUGGACAUGAACGUCAACAACUCGGUUACAUCAGGAUACAACUUCAGGUGCGUCCUCCCACUACUUUUUCUUCCGUGUUUGUUCUCAGUAAACCACGUGCCUUGCAGAUACGCCAGGUAUUUUAAGGAUCAAAAUGGGGAUACCUUUCGAACUUUGUAUAAAGUGUACGGGAUUCGCUUUGACAUCAUGAUCAAUGGCCAGGCUGGGAAAUUCAAUAUUGUUCCCACAAUAAUCGCUAUCGGAUCUGGAGUUGCUCUGCUGGGAAUAGGAGCCUUUGUCUGUGAUAUGAUACUCCUGUACAUGAUGAACACCAGCUCUUUCUAUCGAGAAAGGAAGUUUGAGAUCAUCAAUUUCAAGAAAGAACGGACCAAAGACAAGGCGGGGAAGCAGGGACAUCGGGAGAAGAAGUCCAGGAAAUCAGCAGCAGAGAAAGGGGCUGUGAACUCCAUCAAAAAGCCUGACGAUAUUGAAGCCAUAGUGGGAUCUUCCAGCAACAUGGAGAACAAAUCCCCUGAGGACAAGCGGGGUCCCACCAUUCCACGCAACACGGGCCAGCGCUACACGUCCAUUCUCUCUCCCCAAGGUUCUGAACCAAAGCAUCACAUCACAUUCUCUUCGCACAACUGACAAAGACAAGCGACCCACAGUGGUGGUCUCAGUCAGUUGGGUUACAAAAGUUGGAAAUGUUCAUUUGCCCUGACUGAAGACUGGUCAGGCCACACGAAUGCACAUGAGCCAGCACACUGAUGCACUCAUACACAGGAAGAAACGCUGCACCUGUUGACUUGCGAUUCAAAAUGUGGCACAUCGUUAUUAGCAAUGAUAUACAAGUUAAUCACACAGUCAGCAUCACCAUGAAAAAAAUCAAUAAGGUGUCCUAAAACAUAGCACUUAAUCAUUAUCUUGCCAAAGCACAUGUCAAACACAAAAAAACACUCUCAGCUAGUUUUUGGCCAUUGACCUUGACCUGAAUGACCUGGAUGAAGGUCACCUGUAACUAUGUUGUCAAUGUGACCUAAUAUGAUGCAUCAAUAACCAAUAACACGUACUUUUUUAGGAUGGAAAACGCCACAAAUCUGCCUCAAAUAACUCAAUAUUCAUCAUAUAACUACAUCAGGUUAAGGACUUUUGACAGGUCAAAUCUUCAAGGUUAAGGCAAGUUCAUAACUGAAAUUUUAUGCAUUUUUUUUUUAUUGACCUGACUCAUGAAUGAGGCGCCGCCAGAAAUUCUGGGGCCACAUCUUUAGGACCCAACUGACCCAUUAAAAGCGUAUGCGUCGGUCAGCGUGUUUUUCAGUUAACAUAAAAAAUGUGUACAAAAUUGUGUACAUUUUCCGGUUACCGUACAAUAUGGCACUCGUCUUGUCGUGUUAUUAAUACACCGCAUGAGUCCGACUGUGUUCUUAAUGUAUUUUUUUUUAAAUCACAAAACGUCCACAAAACUCAAAAAGUUUAUAACUAGUGACCUACUUUUGGUUUCCUUGGCAGUCACGGGACCUUGGAAUUGUCCUGACUUUUCCCAUUUAUACGGCACCCCUGGCCAAUAGCACCCAUCAUAAAUACAUUUAAAAAUGUAUAAUUAAUCCAUGUGAUCGGUAUCAGCUGAUUUUAGUCCUGGAUGAUCAGUAUCGGAAUCGGAGCAUCCCUAAUUAGCGCCCAUUCUCCUUAUGUCUCUGGCCAAAGUCCCAAGUAAAUGUGCACGCAAUGGCUGGUUUCAGUUAUGUCGGCAUCCGCUUAUGUUGAUGGCAGGGGUGUGUGUGCAUAAACGGUUUCCACUGUAGUAGAUAAAUUUGCAACAAAGAUCACAAGGAGAGAGCGUUUCCUAUCGUCAUUGCAGGGUUAAUUAAUUGGAAUAACAACAAAUAACAUCUUCAAUAUGAUUUCCAACAUUUCUGAUGGAAAAGUUGAGAGAUUGACAUGAAUUUGACUGGUGUCCAGACUUUAGGGACACCCUGCACACAUAUGGCGUCGAUGUCAUCUCUAAAGUGAAUACUGUACACAUACUUAACGGACAUAUGAAGUGGCAUGGUGCCGCCCUUCGGCAAGCUAGACGAUCAUCCUUCGGGUGAUUUGACUAUUUUACUCGGUUACACAGUUUUUACCAUGCAGUCUGUUCAAAUUACUGUUUGAUAUUUUGCAGGGGGGGUUUCAAAUAUUAAAACCAGACACAGGCAGGCUGAAGUAACUCAAAACUUGCUGUGGGCUGUAGCUGAUAAACUACAAGUCAAAAUGUUGUAGGAACCAGGCUUCUGUCAGUUAUUGUGCAUUAUUUAUUUAAUUUGUGUUGAGUUUCAUUAUCACAUGUUUAAUGACAUUUGUUGUGAAAGUAUAGCAAGAACAUAGAAUUUAUUUGACAUUCAACAUUUUUUUAAGCCUUGGUCACAACCAGACAUAAGAUUUUUUUUUUGGCCGUGCGAUUUUUGGCAUCCCGAAAUCGCUGCGUUUUUUUUUUUGUUGUUGUUCGUGGAGAAUGUAGUUGUGGUAACAUUGAAAGAGUAAGAUUGCGACACGCAUGGAGGCACAUAAGAAAUAUCUGAACGUGCAUUGGCUGCACUAAUUAUGUAUGUGAAGUGCAAGUGUGGCGCACGACACACAUAGGAGUUGGCAAGUGCGACAUAGGAAAAAAUUAACAUUUUGCCCAAACCUGACACCAGAAAAAUGUACAAAAGACACGUUGGCCAUAUGGACGACGCAUGAAGAUGUACCAAAUGCAUACAUUUGUCUUGCAACCUGAUAAAAACAUAAGCAUCUGUUUGUUUGAUAUGACAAAGAAACUCUGUGGCCAGUCUACGGCUUGAAAAUCAGUACGUCACACUUACGCCCUCUGUGCAUUUCUUGUGUUUUUUUUUGCAAAUACAAUGGCCGUAAGAGCCCAUACAAGCGGCUGUGACCUAGGUUUUAGGUAGAUUUUGGUCACUGACUCUAACUGGCUAUCAGUGUUUCUCCAUCAGCUCUGGUUACUGGGGUAUGAUAUAACCCUGUUUAUUUCUCAAAAACAUAUCAAAAACUGCUGCUGCUUUUAACAUGAUGGUAAUAUUCCUACUGUUAGGAAUGGAAUAUUUUCCACUCUGUUCUGGAUGGGUACUGCAACAUAUAUGUGCUUAUCUACAAUAGAGAGAUAACACAAGACCUUUCACUUGGAACAAAGAUACUCUGUUCUUUUUAAUUAAUCUCACACACACAAUUUCACUAUAACUCACCCUUUCUGUCUCCUGGCUGAGUCUCACAGCCCCUUAGCCAAGGAUUGGUUGAAGCCAAAUCAGAUCAAUACACCAACAGUUAACGGGAAGAGUACAGAUCACUGGGACUGUCUCCACAGCAGGCAUAUGACGCUAAGGACCUUAGUUUCACUUUAGAGGCCAUUUGGUAAUGAUGUGCAAUACCACUGAUUUCAUUUCUGAUCCGAUACUGAGUAAAAAUUAGACUGGUAUCAUCGAUAGCAAUCCAAAACCAUCCAUCCAUCCAUCCUCUAUGCCUCUUAUCCUCACUGGGCUUGCGGGCAUACUGGAGCCUAUCCCAGCUGACUUCAAGCGAAAAACACACACAACUUGAACAGGGAGAACAUGCACACUCAACACAGAGAUGCCCAAUGGAGAUUCAAACCCAGAUCUUCCUGAUCUUCUGACUAUGUGGCCAACAUGCUAACCACUAGGCCACCGUGCGGCUCUGAUUCCAAACCGAUACUUUAAAUUCACUUAAUGUGUCUGGUAAGUCUGAAAAAGUUCUGUAUUUCAUAUCAUAGCAUAAAGAACACAAUACAUUUAAUUCACUGAUGAUUCAUAUUUUAAUAAUAAAUGUAACUACUUCUUUAUGCAUGUCUUUCUUUUAAACCCUGAAGUAUAUUGAGGUAGCGGGGUGAUUUACAAUAUAGCCAAGCUAAUAUACAACAGAAAAAAACAAAAUCAUAUAAAAUAUGUGAAAAUGGUAUUUUAAACAACAAAAAAAAGGAAAAUAAAUCCAUUAAAAUAAUUAAGAACUAUAUGAAAACUUUAUUCACAAUUCACACAUGACCCUAACCCUAACCAUUAUUUCAACAAACGUUUCAAACAUUACAUCAAAUGAAGUCUCAAACGCAUCGAUAUUUUUUAUUGGGAAUCAAUUUUAGAGCAUGAAGAGCUGGUAUCAGAGGUAUCGAUAUUUCAGCAUUGAUGCACGCAUCACUUCUAACACUUGGACCUCACUAAACCUUGGCUGGGGGUGCUGACGGUUUUACUCAGCGCUGGCAUUGCAAUUGUUUGUAUCUACUCCUUUUGAUAUUAAAUUGUAAACCUUACUUGAGAUUCUUAGCAUUAUUUCACAGCUAUUAGAACAAAAGAUGCAGGGUGGACUUCACUCAUUAAAAGGACAGGUCCCAAUGCUAUUCAGUAGAUUGAAUAUACCGUACCUUGAUUAACUCAACACUGCUAUGGACUAUUUAUUGUGUGCUACAGCCCUACUGUGACUAUUUGUAUGCGUCUUUUUAUUUGAAUUGUCUUUGUUGGAAAUGAUUGUGUAUCUUCUUUGUGAUGGUAAGUAAAGCGGAAAGAUAGAUAUGAUGUAUGCAAACAAGUUUUACAGAGGUAUUUAUUCCAAUUAGUAAUCGCAUUUCUUCGCAUUUAACAUGAGUAUUGUACAUAAUGUGCUCCAGUCUGUUGAAUAAUCCAUGGGCAUGGUCAUAAAUGAAAAGAGGCCUGGAGUUAUGUAUGAAAUCAAAGCCACAUUGUGUAGUAGUAUGUGUGGGAGGACAACUGGAAUUAUGAACACACUCCCUCUUAUACAUCAGCAGGUCAUAAUGGAAUAAAAUGACAACUAUUUGGCUCAUC